UGUGCGCGGCCACCGACGCAGCAGCAGCCCUGCCUUUUCUGUCGUUCUGACGUCCGUUUUUCUCUUUCUGCUCUUGUCACGGUGUUUUUCCGGGCGGAAGGACCGGAUCCCGGUUUUUAUUUCUCCUCUCUGAUCGGUAAACCAGCGCCGCGUUUCCGCCACUGGGGACACGUUUCAGAGCCGAGCGGAAUGAGAGCAGCUAAAGGGCGGACCGGACCGAGGAGAACCACCGGGGAAAGCUGCUGCACAUCCGCCGCUUUCUUUCAACACAACCAUUGAUUUGUCCUCCCAGGGCCGUGAACACCUCACCGCGUCUGGAAAUGCGCUCUGAGCGGGUUCCGGUUCCUCUUUAAGCGGCCGUUUCUCCGCCUUGACACCCAGAAACCUCUCGUUAGCUCGCCACCGGGAAACAGACUCCCCCCUCUCUGAACCCAGACCUCCAGCUCUUAUUUACCCUCCAUCUGCUGCCUCCAUGGUCCGGUUCUGCUCUUUUUCUCACCUGAAGACGAUGCAGCCGGAGGUGGCCACCGGGAGUGUUUCGGUAAAGAUCCAGUGGAGAUGAUCCGGUAGCGUCUGGGAGGGAUUUGGGGGAAAGUGAGAAGCUGAGUGGGGGGGAUUUCAGAGUGCUCUUGUGACUGGGCCGGCACCGUUAGAACCCACGCAGACAUGAGGUGGAUGUAGCGGAACACUUUGUUUUUACGCAUCAGUUUGAGCUGGAUCACUGUGUUGGUGAUCCGUGCUGCCUUUACUGACCCUAACAAUGAGGAUCGUAUGAAGAGUGAGGCUCAUACACAGGCAGAUCCCGGGUUGUUUUUGUGACCCACUGUGAACACAAAACCCACUUUUUUUCCUUUCCUUUUUAAUCUUUCUUCCUGGAGCGCACUCAGGGACGAACAUGUCUUUACGCACGGCACUGCCUGGGAACGAGCGGAACCCGGACCAUCACACCUCCCUGUCGGCCAGCCGCUCGGAGAAAGGUACAGGCUGGUCGAGCCGCUCGCUCGGUGCACGAUGUCGGAACUCCAUCGCCUUGUGUUCGGACGAGCAGCCGCACAUCGGAAACUACCGGCUGCUCAAAACCAUCGGCAAGGGCAACUUCGCCAAGGUCAAACUGGCACGGCACAUACUGACGGGCAGAGAGGUUGCGAUAAAGAUCAUCGAUAAAACACAGCUCAACCCGACCAGCCUGCAGAAGCUGUUCCGAGAGGUACGCAUCAUGAAAACUCUGAACCAUCCCAACAUUGUUCAGCUGUUUGAGGUGAUUGAGACGGAGAAGACACUUUACCUGAUUAUGGAGUACGCUAGCGGAGGCGAAGUGUUCGACUACCUCGUGGCUCACGGCAGAAUGAAGGAGAAAGAGGCCAGAGCCAAGUUCAGACAGAUUGUCUCAGCGGUGCACUACUGUCAUCAGAAGAACAUUGUUCACAGAGACUUGAAGGCGGAGAACUUGCUACUAGACGCCGACUCCAACAUCAAAAUCGCCGACUUUGGCUUCAGCAACGAGUUCACUGAAGGCAGUAAACUGGACACGUUCUGCGGCUCUCCGCCCUACGCCGCCCCGGAGCUCUUCCAGGGGAAGAAGUACGACGGUCCAGAGGUGGACAUCUGGAGCCUGGGCGUCAUCCUAUACACGCUGGUCAGUGGAUCGCUGCCCUUCGACGGACAGAACCUGAAGGAGCUGCGGGAGCGUGUCCUGAGAGGGAAAUACCGUGUUCCCUUCUACAUGUCCACGGACUGCGAGGGAAUCCUUCGCCGCUUCCUGGUCCUCAACCCGGCCAAGCGCUGCUCGCUGGAACAAAUAAUGAAAGAUAAAUGGAUCAAUGUUGGCUUUGACGGCGAGGAGCUGAAGCCCCACACCGAGCCUGUAGAGGACUUUACCGAUACCGGACGCAUCGAUGUGAUGGUUGGGAUGGGCUUUAACAGGGAGGAGAUCAGAGAGUCACUGGUCAGCCACAAAUACAAUGAGAUCACUGCCACCUACCUGCUGCUGGGACGCAAGAAUGAGACGGAGGGCACCGAGUCUCGGUCGGGCAGCAGUCUAAGUCUGGCUCGAGUCCGACCCGGCACCAUCAGCAAUGGGACGAGCAAACACUCCAAUUCCUCUUCCUCCUCGGGUGCACCGUCUUCCUCGUCUGGCCACAAGGCUCAACGCAGCGCCUCGACGUACCACCGCCAGAGACGACACUCCGACUUCUGUGGUCCAGCGGUUCCGGGUUCGACUCACCCCAAGCGAAGUCCCAGUGGCGUCGGCGAGGGGGCGGGGCUUAAAGAGGAGCGCCCGUCGAUCCGCAAGCCGAGCACCAACACCGUCGGCUCCCGUAGCAUCCCGACGCCCUCCAGCCCCAUGGUCAGCUCCGCUCACAAUCCAAACAAAUCCGAGAUACCCGACCGACGCAAGGAGGUCAACUCGACCACGAACAACAUCCCUGCUAGUGCCAUGACUCGAAGGAACACGUAUGUGUGCACGGACCGAUCCAGCAACGACAGACACUCCCUCCUGCAAAACGGCAAAGAAAACAGCUCCCUAUCCCACCGCCUCCCCCCUGCCUCCCCCUCCACCCACAGCAUCGCCGGUGCCUCCGGGGUGUCCUCCUCGUCCUCCACGCCUUCCUCCCGCCUCUCCAGGGGAUCCACGGUAAGGAGCACUUUCCACGGAGGACAGAUCAGAGACCGCCGGCCUCCCUCCCACGCCCCUCCGGCCUCCCCCACACUGUCCCACGAUGCCAGCCCGCUGCCCCACGCCAGGACCCGGGCCACCACCAACCUGCUGAGCAAACUCACCUCCAAGCUGACCCGCAGGGUCACUCUUGACCCUUCUAAACGUCAGAGCUCAAACAAGUCCAUGUCGGGCUGCACCCUCCCACAGGGGACAAAAACAGUUAACGAACCUGAGAGAAUCAGCAGAUCUCCGGUCACAAGUCGCCAUCUAUCUGGGCAUCAGAAAGCGGCCGAGCCCCGGACCCCCCGAUGCGGCUGGGAUGUGAGGGUGCGGAGCCCCCGCGACCCGGCCGAGGUGGUGCUAGCGCUGCGUGAGGCGGCGCAGGGCUGCGGCUGCCAGGUCCACCUGGCCGGGCCUUUCCUCCUGUCCUGCACCCACGGAGCAGCCGGCGCCCGGGUGGCCUUCGAGGCCGAGGUCUGCCAGCUGCCCAGCGGGCUGGGCCAGAGCAGCGGUGUGAGGUUCAAGCGCCUGUGGGGGGCACCGUUAGCCUUCAGAGACAUCGCCACCAAAGUGUCCAAGGAGCUGGAGCUCUGAGGACGACCGGAGGUGGGGCAGAUCGAUGACAGACAGGACAGGUUGAGGGAUGAGGAGGGAUGAAGAGGAGGAGGAGAAACCUUCCUCUCUUCCUCCCUGGGCUCCACCUCAUCUGACGUGGCUAGCGAUGCCUCACCUCCGCCAAAGACCCUCUUCUUCUGAUGCCACCAAUCACAGCCAGACAAAUGGAUGCUCAGAUGCGGCUGACUUCUGAUGACCCUCGACCUUGGAGCUGUCAGUGACCUACGACCCCUGCUUAGCACAUGCCACCACCUCCACGUUAAAUGAGCCCUUCGGAGUUGAACUAUUCUUUGUUUUUCAUGAUUUCGUAUUUGGUGAUGAUGCGGAUGGUUUGCUGAGAAUGAUGGAGAAGUUGUUGUCGUCGUCGACGUUGUUGUUCCUAUUGUAUCAUAUUUGUCAUCAUUCCUUUUUAAAGAGCUGCUAUUUAAAGAAAUGUUUUAAUUUUUUUGUGUUUUAAGUUUAUUUUCUUUCUUUAAUGCUUUUAAAACGGGCAGACUUUUGACGUCACAUAUUUAAGUAGCGAGGGCUCAGUCUGACCUCCGGCCUCUAGAGGGAGACAUGCAGAGAUGCAGAGACUUGUGACAGACCUAGCGGAGCAUCAAGCAUCACACGAUUUCUGCCCAGUCGUUAGCAAGAUCCAUGUUUCAGUUGGAUUUUGACGUGUUUGCACCAGUUCUGUUCAGGAACGUUUCUGUCUGCUAUCCAGUGUUUGGAUGGUUGUCAGAUGAGCUCCACACAGAGUAGUAAAGCUGCCUAAUCUACACAUCUGAUCGGCUGUUGAGCUUAAAUAUCCUCCCUAACUUGAAACAAUUAUUAGAAAGUUAAAGCCCUUCGAAUUUUUGACCCUUGGAUGUGUAAUUUCCACCAGAAAAUCUGAUUUUCCAGCUGGAAUCUUGAGUUUUGCACCACUUUGCGUUGUUUUACAUGUAAAACCUCCACUUACGGGAUUUAUUUAUUCCGAUUAGAAAAGCAGCCCAGUCAGAAAACAUUAUUAUGACACUAAUCUUAAAAUAGAAGUCAACGCUACAUUUAACUGAAGUACGUUUAAAGAUAUAGCAAAUUUCAAAAGACAAUAAAUAUUUAAAUGCACAUUUUCAGCACAUAUUGUAUGUUUUGACUGAGUGUGCAGAUAACUAAUAGGGUUAACGUCCCUUUUUUUUUUAAAGUGAAGAGUUAAUCUCAUGAAAUUUAGUGCAAAAAUAUCAAAUUUCCACUUUUUGUUCUGUGAGUUCAGUGCAGACAUAAUAUUAAAACCUGACCCAACAAAAAGCCUGUACUUUCUGGCCCAUUGUCAAACAGUAAAGCAGGUUUGUCUUAACAGAAGACCUUCAGAUCAUAUUAUUAUUUGAUCGGCUUUUCAUGAUUACUGUAGCCGACCCUGGUUCAGAGAAAACGUUGGGAGUUGUUGUUUUCCAGUGGUUAUUCUGGUAGCAUGUCAGUCUGUGGGAAAGCCGUCGCCAUUGCUUCGCUGAGCGUAGUGCGAUACAGCCACAAAGCCAAGAAUCAACUCUUGAAUAAGCAUCGAUUAAAACCGAACAGGGCUCCUCUUUUUAUUGAUUUUUUUUUUUUUUAAUAUUGCUGGUAUGUUGUUGAAAAUGAUUGAACACUUUUUUUUUUGCUUUUCCGCCAGUAUUUCGCUGUACUGUACUAUCAGAGUUUUUAAAUAAUUUGCUCCUUUUUUUGUAUUUAAGGAAAAUCUAAUUUCAUGGCACAUUUAAAGCCCCAGGGAGGAGAAGUAAUUCUAAACGCCUUUUUUUUGUUGUUUUUUUUAGCUUCACAUACCUACUUUUUGCUUUCCAUUGUGAAACCAGCUGUGGUGACUUUAGGUUUCCAGGUGGAUGUGCCAUUCGAUUUCAGUGGGAAACUGAGGUACAAAUAACGUUUCUGUUAAACAAGCACCAAAUUUCAGUGACGCAUCAAGGUUCGUUUUUCUUUUGUCCAGUGUUCGUGUUCCCGGCGCCUGCGACUUAUUUUGACAUGCAAACUGUAGACUUUCCUCACGUCCACCAAUCAGGCUGCAGAGAAUUGUACGACUGUUGACCAAUCAGAUUGAAGCAUUGCUGUACAACGUUUAUGACUGUUAACCAAUCGGACCCCUGCCUCAUUGUUUGGCGAUGAGGCGGCGGUUUAAGACGGGAAUGUGACAUUUUAUUUAUCUUAAUUUUUCUUUUGUAGAAGCAUUUUGCUGCUCAUCGCGAGGCAAAGCUACCGAGGUUCAAGAGUCCACCAAGUGCUACGUUGGUUAUGUGUUGCUGCGUUGACACUGACAACUUCAAAAUAAAAAAAAAAGGUUGUACUUGUAAUGUAACUCUACAAUACCAAGCAAUUAUAUUGUGUACUUUUCGAAGUACUCGGCGUCUAACAGAAACACUGAUAUGGGAUAAAAUUAGAGCAGAUUUGUGAACUUUACGACAGGAUUGAACUGUUUUCAUGGGAGAUUUGAGCUGCAGCAGGUGUCCACCACUGUCUGAAAACGUGAAGCUGUGAUUUAGGGCUAGUUUUGCAAUCUUCUUCUUUUUUUGUGUACAACUGGGCCUCGUCCCCCUCCGAGGAUGUUCUCUGGAUCCGGUUAGGGCCACGCUUUAAGGCUACAGUUCUGUUGUAUAGUGUGUUUGAAGCCGUCGCUGUUAUCAAUUAAACUUAACUUAUGGGCUGAAAUUACGGAAAUGAUCGACCUGCAAUCCUGCAUGUCUCCUAGGAAAUAAUGUGUGACACAAAAAUAAAGACUUUCAACCUC